UAGAGCUUUAGAGAGAGAGAGAGAGAGAGAGACAGAGAAAGCAGCAGUUAUGCGUUUUGUUUUUAUGUUCAUCAAAGAGAGAGAGAGAGAGAAUAAAUGUAUGCCUUUCCCUCCUCGCGCCCAUCGAAAACAGAGAGCCAACUUCCAACUUUAGAGAGAGAGAGAGAGAGAAAGCGAUUAUCCAUAUAAAUUUCCUUUUUUUUUUUUUUAAAUUUUUUUUUCUUCAUUUUUGCUUGUAAUUCAUAGCUGCUAUCUCUAUAUCUCUUUCCCCGUUUUUUUUUUUUUUUUUUUUGGUGUGGUGGGUUGAAAUUGGGAAUUUUUGAGGUGUCAAAUGAUGAGCUGGAGGAGAGUAUUGAACUCCGUUCAGGCCGUAGCAGCCCACAGCCUCCUCUUGUGCUUCACGCUCUUACUCGUCCUCAAGCUCGACCAUGUCGUCUCCUACUCCUGGUGGAUUAUAUUUUUCCCGCUUUGGAUAUUUCAUGCAGUUGUUGCCCGAGGACGAUUUUCAUUACCUGCUCCAUCAGUUCCACAUAAUCGUCAUUGGGCACCGUGCCAUGCCAUUGUUGCAACACCAUUGCUUAUUGCAUUUGAGUUGCUCCUUUGUAUAUAUCUUGAGAGUUUUUAUGUUAAUGGUUCUGCAGCUGUAAACUUGAAGAUUGUCUUUCUUCCCUUACUGGCACUUGAAAUAAUUAUUCUGAUUGACAAUUUCAGUUUGUAA